UAUUUUUAAAAGCAUUUUGAAGUUAAUUUAACCAAUUAAGGCAAUUCAAAUCUUUAUCCUCACUUAACUGUAACACACAUGUUGGAUGGCAAUAAACAGUAACAUAACCGCUGCCUGUUUCAGUACAUCCAUCCCGACCAGCACAAACCGUCCUACAGCCCAGUCAUGAGGCGCCCCCUAGCAGAUCCUAGUCAAGCUGCAACUGCCAUCCAAAAGACCUUCCGGGGAUACAGCACCAGGAAGGAAUGUUCCUCCUCUUCUGAGAACCACACUCCUGACCUCAUAAAACAUGACAUUGUAACUGACCUUGACAAACGACAAGUACCCGGAAAAAACAAGACCGUCAAGUUUCACAAACAAAGUUUGAAGCUGCGACCUUUGACCAGACAGAACACUCCCUCCCCCCACACACAGACGACGCCCUCACGUGACCCCGCCCAUGUGGGUGGAGGAAUAACCGACUCUGGGCCCUCCCAACCGGACACAUCCGCUCUGGACGAGUUGUUUGCCUAUGACAUGGCAGAGGGCUACAUUGAUGGAUACCUGUCAGAAAGUCUUAUUCCUAAGGCACUCACAGAUCUACUGGCUCCUGAGACGACUGCGAGACUUCACUAUGACCGCGUACUCAGGAACUUUGUGGUCAGUUUCAUCAACACCUUCCUGGACGACGAGGCCAUUCCUGAUGUCCUGAUUGGCGUUCUAAAAACCGACGCGCCCAAAGUGGGUAUGUCAGCAGCCCUCCACUUCCAGUCAGACCGCAGGUUUGCUCAGAACUAUGUAGACUCUCUCAUAGAGGAGAUGAUGGAGGAGGAGCUGGUACCAGACAUCCUCAUCGAGGUGCUGUCAGAGCACGGAAACCAAACCGCACAGGUGCCUGUGAUAUACUCCCCACGAUUACCUCAUGGCCUGACGGCAGCACAUGAAGAUCUGGCAGCUGGUGUUACUGAAGACUUCCUAAACUCACAGCUGAAACCUCAACUCAGGGAUGUCGUGCUGGAAUCCAACAGGGAACUGGUAGACAGGUACUUUGCAGAGAAGUCCUUUGAUCCCAGACUGAUCCGAGAUGUUUCAGAAGAGAUCAUGGAAGAAGUGGUACAAGAAGGCACAGAGGAGGCUAUAAAAGGUGCCAUAGCAGACAUGGUGGGAGACACGAUAUACCGCGGGGCAGCGUACGACUGGACCAUGGACCUGGCCACGGAUGUGAUUGGAGAGUUCAUGCCUGACAUAGUAAGGAUGAGUACUUGUGUAGUGUGAAGAUUUUAGCAGGUUUUUUGUUAUGGAGGUCAUUAAGUUGGUAUAUUUACUGUUAAUGCCAAUGCAAUGAUGAUAUAUUCAGCCCAUAUGCACAAGGGCAUUCAGAAAGUGGGGCAAGCCUUCCUAGGGAGGAAACGGCAUAAGUGCCUCUGUGAAAAUCAAAGCGUCUGAAAUUGUUUGAACACCGCGUGAGUGCGUCUCAGCGCGUCUGAGCCCAUCCCUUGCUGUCUACAGAACUCCUGUCACAAAGGGCGUCUUGUCGUCUGGGACGCUUUCAUUUUCACAGAGGCGUUGGCUUAAAGCCCAACUCUAAAGGAAGGCUUCAAAGAAACCAUGUCACCAGUGGGACUUCAUAUCAUAAGGUACAAUGUAUAACAAGAACAUGAAUAGGCAAUCUAAGUAAUUAAGUCUGGGCUUGAGUGCGCAUAAUAUUUCUUCAUCAAUCCACUCAGAGCUAAUGCCAGGCUCAUAAUUCCAGACCAGGACCAGGCCAGAUUGUUUUCGGGAAUGAAAAGUAAAAGUAUAUAUCAAUGGACAUACACGAUUCAUGCUCAUAUGACUAUUGUUUUGUCAUUUUUUAUGUUUGCCUUCUUUUGUAUCAUGAUUUCCAUUCCCGCAAACUGCCCGGCUGGGCAUUUUUCAAAAAAUGUGGUACUGGUGUAAGUAGACACACUUACUUCCAUCAAGUAGUCAGCUUGUGCUGUUGCCCAUUCUGUGUUCUCGUGAUGUGCCGUGGCCU